AUGGGUGCUUAUUUUUCUACUAGCAAAGUGAAGCUGCCUCUGGAGGGUAAAGAGAAGUUGGAUGUGGUCAUUGUCUGCGUUACCAGCAUCUCUGCCCUGCCCUCAAUCGAGGCCUUGCAAAGGCAGGAAGGCCACAAAGUAAAUGUGAAGGAUUUGUACAACCAGACUGUGGAUGCCCUGGAAGUGAUGCUGGGAGCUCUCCUGUCAGAGAAGCCAAACCCAGCUGAGCUGCAGAACUUCUUGGAUCACUUGGCCCCCUGGAUGACAUCAGAGAAAGCUCAUGAGCGAGUGAGGGCUGUGCCAAAGAUUGUGGACAGGAGCCACUCCCAGCUCAGAGCCAUCCAUCAUUCCCAUGCCAGACAGGUAGUGAUGAUGGCCUUAUGCUUCCUGGCUCGUGCUUUCAUGGAAGAAGUGUCCACAGCCCUUCUAAAGUGUCCACUCCCGCUGGACAGAGAUGCAGCUGGGAUGUGGAGAACACUGGCCAACACAGAGGCAAUCUGUCACUCCCACAGACUUCUGGAUGUGCUGCUGAAGGAGCUUCAGGAGAGGCCAAGUACCUCUGAGGAUAGAGCCUUCAUCAUACCUCUAGCUGCAGCCAGCGCUCUGUGCGAGGUGUUAUCCGUAUCCAUGUGCACACGGACGGUGACACGCUUCUAUCCCCACCUCCUGAUGGCUCUGCUUGUUCAGGUGCACUAUACCAUUGGGCUCAGCCUGCCCGACAGCGGGGUGUCCAGGAAGGAGCUCAUCCCUGCAUGCUGUGUUGUGAAGACAGUGAAGACCCUUCUCCUAAAAAUGGGAUGCCACUACGAGUUCACCUCUGUUGAGAAGGAGGGAGGCUGGGCACUGCUCACUAGCUCUGAGGAGCACCAUCGCGGGGUAGGCCUGCUUGCAAGAGCCAUGGUCCACUAUUCUUGGAUCUUGUACCUUCUGGUCCCGUUCCUCGAACGAGGUGAUAAACAGCACAAGCUCACAGUGAUGGCCUUUUUCGUUGAGCUUCUCCAUAUGCCACAGGCAAAGCGGCUCCCAGAAAAAUAUUCCGUGCUCCGUCUGCUGAAAGGACUGACUGACCCAGAUCCAGUUAUCAGAGCACUGUGCGUCAAAGGACUGAUUACCAUGGCAGACUGGCCAGGGCAAGAGAGAAUGAGUGUGCGUUCUGCUGCCAUUUCCUUGUUUGGAAAAAUGGUCAAGAAGGUGACGAAGAGUCAGGGGCUUAUGAAAGAGGAGGAUGUCUUGGACAGCUUGAUUCCAUUACUUCUGCACCUGCAAGAGGACAACCCUGACAUGGCUGAGGUGAAGAAACAUCAGGAAAAUGUCCAGAGGUUCUUGUUCUAA